GAUUUGUAAUGGAAAAGAAUGAAUUUAGGAGGGAAUCAGUAAAAUGAUGGUCAAAGUUUUCAGAAGCAAUUAUGAAGGCUACACCAUAGAUCUAGCUGCAACUGAGAAUCCGGAAUGUAGAUGAGCAUUGAAGGAUGCUGAAAACCUUAAAGCUACUGGCCAGAAGCAAAAUUUGGAUGAAGUGAAGUAACCAAGUUGCCGUCAUGAGCAGGAGCAAGCGUGACAACAAUUUUUACAGUGUUGAAAUUGGAGACUCAACUUUCACCGUAUUGAAACGGUAUCAGAAUUUGAAACCAAUAGGAUCAGGAGCACAAGGGAUAGUAUGUGCAGCUUAUGAUGCCAUCCUGGAGCGGAAUGUUGCAAUCAAGAAGUUAAGUCGACCGUUUCAGAACCAAACCCAUGCUAAAAGAGCCUACAGAGAGCUUGUUCUUAUGAAGUGUGUUAAUCACAAAAACAUAAUCGGCCUACUGAAUGUGUUCACACCACAAAAAUCCCUGGAAGAAUUUCAAGAUGUCUACAUAGUGAUGGAGCUCAUGGAUGCAAAUCUCUGCCAAGUGAUUCAGAUGGAGCUGGACCAUGAACGAAUGUCCUAUCUUCUAUAUCAAAUGCUGUGUGGUAUCAAACAUCUUCAUUCAGCUGGGAUUAUUCAUAGGGAUUUAAAGCCCAGUAAUAUAGUAGUAAAGUCAGACUGCACUUUGAAGAUUCUUGACUUUGGACUGGCCAGAACUGCAGGAACUAGUUUUAUGAUGACGCCUUAUGUAGUGACUCGUUACUACAGAGCACCAGAGGUCAUCCUAGGGAUGGGAUACAAAGAAAACGUGGAUUUAUGGUCUGUGGGGUGCAUUAUGGGCGAAAUGGUUUGCCACAAAAUCCUCUUUCCAGGAAGGGACUAUAUUGAUCAAUGGAAUAAAGUUAUAGAGCAGCUAGGAACGCCAUGCCCCGAAUUUAUGAAGAAAUUACAGCCUACAGUCCGAACUUAUGUGGAGAACAGACCUAAAUAUGCUGGAUAUAGUUUUGAAAAACUCUUUCCAGAUGUCCUUUUCCCAGCUGACUCCGAACACAAUAAACUUAAAGCAAGUCAAGCAAGAGAUUUGUUAUCAAAAAUGCUGGUUAUAGAUGCUUCUAAAAGAAUCUCUGUGGAUGAAGCCCUGCAGCACCCGUAUAUCAAUGUUUGGUAUGAUCCAUCAGAAGCAGAAGCUCCUCCACCAAAAAUACCAGAUAAGCAGUUAGAUGAGAGGGAGCACACGAUAGAAGAGUGGAAAGAGUUGAUAUACAAGGAAGUCAUGGACCUGGAGGAAAGAACCAAGAACGGGGUUAUACGUGGCCAGCCAGCCCCUUUAGGUGCAGCAAUGAUCAAUGGCUCUCAACACCCAUCUUCAUCGUCAUCUGUCAACGAUGUGUCUUCAAUGUCAACAGAUCCAACAUUGGCCUCUGAUACAGACAGCAGUCUAGAAACCUCAGCUGGACCUCUGGGUUGCUGUAGAUGACUACUUGGUCUUUUGGGGGUGGGAGGGGGGUCCUUUUAGUCAUUAAUAGGGCACUUUUAAAAUUUGGUGGUAUUUUUGAGUGUUUUUUCAAAAAUAAUCAUGGAAUUCAUCAUAAAGUGCUGUAAUUUCGAACUGUAAGUUGUGUUAUAAGCAGCCACUUUUUUGCUGUAAUUAACUGUAAAAUAUUAAACCUGGUAAUUUUUAUUGUGGUUUUAAAAUCUGCAUAUUUGCUUUACUAUUAUGCUGCUGAUCUUUUUUUACUGAAUUUGUAAGAUUUGUUUUAUCAAAGCACAUAUUAAUGUUGUGGUCAUUACCAUAUGAUGAAUUAUUUAAGAUUUUAUAGGUUUUCAAUUUUUUAAUUAGAAUUUAUUCCAGAUGUUUUGUUCAUGAUAUCCUUCAGAGUUUUAUGCUUGGUCAUACAUCUGUGUCCCAGGUGGAGGGGGAGAGAAUUCAGUGCAGCCAGCUGUAGUUUCAGGCAUACUACUGUGGUGCUGGAUAGUGAACAAAAUCCUCUUUUAUUUUGGCCACUUGCCUAUAGUACUUCAGCAAAAGCAACAAUUAGUGAGGUUUUUUUAGAGAAACAGAAAAAGCCUUUGCAGAGUAACAUUAUCUGAAUGAGUUUAUGAACUUAAGAAAGCAAAGCAUAUCUUCAAAGCUGCAGAAAUAUCCAGCCUAGCAGAGUAAUGUGAUGUUUUCUGCAGAGUUGUGGCAUGCCAAAUCUUGUGAUCACCAUAAAACAUGAGGAUACUUCAUGAAUAAUACAUUGCAAUGCCAAUAAACUGUUUACUUCUA